GUGAAGAUGGUGUAGAGCCAGAAAAAACCCUCUACGAGGACAGUUCUCCCAGUGAGACAGAAUUGUCUGAACAUACUGAGCCAGAACCUUCAGCCACAACGCCACAACUCAGCAUCUCUGGGAAAAACCCUGUCAGCGCUCUGAUGGAAUACGCACAGAAGUCGGGGAGCGUUUGUGAAUUCCAGCUGCUUUUCAGGAUGGGCCUCCCCAUGAUCCCAAGUUCAAAUAUUGCGUGAAGGUGGGUGAUCGUGUUUUCCCUGCUGUGGUGUCUAACAGCAAGAAGGGAGCAAAACAGAUGGCUGCUGAGGCUGCCAUGAAAGGCCUCAGUGAGGACACGAGUGGCUUACUAGAGCAGACAGAGGACCAGGAUGACCAACCAUUAGAAGUGUCUGGCAGCCAGCUUACGAAUCUGGAGGAGACCAAGACAGCCAGUGCAAAGGGUGUUGGCGAGUUGAUCAAGUAUUUGAACUCCAACCCUGUCAGUGGCCUACUGGAAUAUGCCCGGGCCAAUGGCUUUGCUGCAGAAUUCAAGCUGAUUGAACAGACAGGCCCACCCCCAGACCCAAAGUUUGUCUUCCAAGCCAAAGUGGGAGGACGCUGGUUCCCCGCCGUCACUGCACACAGCAAAAAACAGGGCAAGCAGGAGGCAGCUGAUGCGGCGCUCCGGGUUCUGAUCGGAGAGAACGAGAAGGCCGAACACACCGAAGCCUUGACGAUCACUGAGCUGCCCGUGAGUGGAAGUACCCUUCAUGACCAGAUAGCAAUGCUCAGCCACCAGCGGUUCAACACGCUCACCGCUCGCAUCCAACACAGUUUGCUUGGACGCAAGAUCCUGGCUGCCAUCAUCAUGCGGCGAGGGCAGGAGGGCCUUGGAGUUGUGGUGAGCAUUGGGACAGGUAAGCCAUUUCAGUUUGGGAUGUGACCCCAUAUUGUAGGGUAAGUUUUGUGAUUGUUGGAAUCACAAGUUAGGUUAGUUUUCCAUAGUUCAUCUGACAAAGGCUCAUACAUU